CCCCUUUAUCAACUGAUUUGUGACGUAUUACUACUACUUUAGUUCAUUAGUCUCGCAAGGAAUAACAAAAGUAAUAAUGGAGUGGACAGUUUUUCUGUGGAUAGUAAUAUAACUUUCUUUAUAUUUAGGAGAAGGACGGAUGCGAUUCAUUAAUAUUAAUAAUUGAAUGCAUCAUAUUUGCGGAAUGGGAACAUUUGGAUAAAAACACGAGGGCGUGUACAAGAAAUCGUUUUCCAUUUUACAUCAUCACCAAAGAAGAAUAUGCAUAAUAGAAAAAAAAAAAAUCAAAUGGUUUUUGUUUGUCCAGGUGCAGUGGUGAAGGACUUUGUCUUGUGAGAUUCCAGAGUUUUGUUGGAAGGUUGAUGUCAUACUUACGCGCACUACGCUGCAAAUGCUGCCAUUCAUGUUCGGUGACAUUAUUUAAUGAAAACAAAAAUGAUCGGUCGCUGUUGCCUGAAAUUAUAGUUACAGAAAGUAACAGAACCGCAUGUAUACAUAGUCACAACUUUUUGCUGUUAAGCUGAACAUGUUUAACUUUUUUGCUAAAGAUAUACACAACAAAGUACAGCCGGACGCUACCCUUUCAUUUAAAACUACAUUACUUGAAAACACUGCAACUACUUAGAGACUGUCUUGGGAUGCGUGCGACUGAUUUACUACUAAACAGUGUUUUAUAGCAACAGUAAAAUGGGUUCACCGAGAAAUGGGUUCAUGAAAGACCUGUAUAUUUUGUCCGUGGAUGUGGGAACCACGAGCAUCAGAGGUCACGUCUACGAUAAAGAAGCAAAUAUUAAAGGCUCCAGCAGUGAAAAGAUUAGUCUUCUGUACCCAAACCCUGGGUGGGUUGAGCUGGAUCCAGAGGAGCUAUGGCUGCAGUUUGUCGCUGUGGCAAAGGCUGCAGUGCAAGCUGCAGGGCUACAGAUGAAACAAAUCACAGCCCUAGGCAUUUCAACACAGAGAGCAACUUUCACUACAUGGAGCAGGAAAACAGGAAAACCAUUUCACAACUUCAUCAGCUGGCAAGAUCGUCGAGCUUCUGAGCUUGUCACAUCGUGGAACAAUUCUUUCACAAUGAAGGCGCUCCACGGUUCAUCUAAAGUUUUGCACUUCAUUACCAGGAGAAAACAGUUCCUGGCUGCGAGUAUCAUCACAUUUUCUACACAGCAUGUCACUUUCCGCUUGGCCUGGGCAUUGCAGAAUUUAAAAAAGGUCCAAGAAGCUGUUGAGGAAGGAAACUGCUGCUUUGGAACAAUUGACACUUGGCUGCUGUACAGACUCACCAAAGGUGCUGUUCAUGCUACAGAUUAUUCAAAUGCAAGUGCCACAGGGAUUUUUGAUUCUUAUCAGAUGUGUUGGAGUGGAAGUCUGUGCUGUCUCAUCUCCUUGCCAUUGUCAAUAUUCCCUACUGUGGAGAACACUAGUCAUAAAUUUGGCUCAACUGAUACCAGCAUCUUUGGUGUGCCUAUACCAAUAAUGUCCUUGGUUGCAGACCAGCAGGCCGCCAUGUUUGGAGAAUGCUGCUUUGACAUAGGAGAUGUGAAAAUCACCAUGGGAACAGGCACUUUCAUUAACAUUAAUACUGGAAACAAACCUCAUACCUCUAUAUCAGGGCUGUAUCCAGUAGUUGGCUGGAAAAUUGGACAGGAAGUUGUGUAUUUAGCUGAGGGCAAUGCAGCUGACACAGGCACUGCCAUUAAAUGGGCACAAGGACUGGAUCUCUUCUCAGACGCUGCAGAGACAGAAGCCAUGGCUAACAGUGUGCCUGAUGCUGAUGGAGUCUGCUUUGUGCCAUCUUUCAGUGGCUUGCAGGCACCCCUGAAUGACCCCCAUGCCUGUGCUUCUUUUAUGGGCUUGAAACCUUCGACAACUAAAAGCCACCUCGUACGAGCCAUCCUGGAAUCCAUAGCUUUCAGGAAUAAGCAGCUCUACGAAAUUAUGAGUGAAGAGACAAACAUUCCAGUCACAAAUAUAAGGGUUGAUGGAGGCGUGUGCAACAACAGCUUUGUCAUGCAGCUCACAGCCGAUCUUUUCAACAGGAAGAUCAAUAGGCCGAGACAUUUUGAUAUGUCAAGUCUCGGGGCUGCUUUCAUUGCGGGCCUGGGGAUUGGGUUCUGGAGUAGCAAGGAAGAACUGAAGUGUCUAGGAUGCACAGAAAAGGUUUUCUACCCUCAAAAUGUGUGGAAAAACUACAAACCUGUCAUUGACCACUGGGAAAAGGCUUUGACACGCUCAAUGCACUGGUAUAGCAAACCAUAACUUUUAGUGAUCAGAAAGGACUAUUGUAGUCUAACUGAAUGUGAGUCAGUGACAAGUCUCACACAUAUGCCAACACAUUCUGCCAAUUCAGUUGUGCAGGCUUUUAAUAAUAAAUAAUAAUAAUAAUAAUAAUAAUAAUAAUAAAUAAUAAUAAUACAGAUAUUAUAUAUUUCAUCUGUGCAAUUAUUUUUCUUAAGAAAACAUUAAGAAAUUGCAUUUCUAAAAGAUCAAAAGAAAAUUGGAUAUUUUAUACAAAAUGCUACUAAACAAAAUGCAUUUUUUAAAGUAGUUUGUCUUAACACUAAAUAUUGAUCAGGUCCAAAAGAACAACAGAUACAGUUAACUAAGAGUUGAAAAAUUGUAGGCAGUCUGCAAGCCACAAUGUUGCUAGAGUGUAAUAAUGGAAAUUCAUGUUCUUUCAUGAAACUGGGGAGGUUUGGGUCUAAUUAAUGUGAAGUGGUGCAUUCCUAUUUAGGUAAAUCUUUACCAGUUAAACUCUUUAAGGGCAAAUAUUGAGUAAACCUAUAAUAUAAAUUAACGAGUUGUUACUAUUUUCACAAUAUCCAUAAAAGGCAGCCCAUGGUAAUGAUCCUGUAUUUUCCAGAAAAGUAUUCAAUUGAAGCAUUAUUGCUUUGUGGAUAGUCAUAAUAGCUGUCGUUUUUAUUGCAAUUUUCUUAAGUAUGUAAGUUGUAGGAACAAUUGAUUUUAGUGUAUUAUUUGAUAUGUUAUAAGUUGGUUAGUUCCAUUAUUAUUUAAGUUUGGAGAGAUAAAGGAUUUACAAUGAACACUCACACCAGACACAAGGAAAGUUAAAUUAACAGCAGCAGUAUAUUGAAUACAGAAAUAUUAAAGAACAGAAAUCUCAAAAGUCAGCAAUAAUAAUGAAGUGUGUGCUGUGCAUCUGAGGUAACUACUAGCACCACACUUUCAACAUAGCUUAGCUCAAUAUACUUGUCUACAAAUAGCAUGUUUACUUUAAAAUCUCUUUGUGUGCAGACAUGGGCAGCAGUGUGGAGUAGUGGUUAGGGCUCUGGACUCUUGACUGGAGGGUUGUGGGUUCAAUCCCAGGUGGUGGACACUGCUGCUGUACCCUUGAGCAAGGUAUUUUACCUAGAUUACUCCAGUAAAAACCCAACUGUAUAAAUGGGUAACUGUAUGUAAAAAAUAAUGUGAUAUCUUGUAACAAUUGUAAGUCACCCUGGAUAAGGGCGUCUGCUAAGAAAUUAAUAAUAAUAAUAAUAAUAACAUAGUUACUUAACAAGGUUCAUUAAAAGUUACUUUUCACAAACUAUGUAACUCUAACCAGUGAUGCAAUUAGCCUUCAGUGUAACUAUAUGUAAUGUAAUUAGGUUUUAUGUGGAGAAUGUAACAUAGUUUAUAUUCAACAGUCCUGGGCAACUCUGACUUGGUAGCCAUCUGGUUGUAGAAUUUGAUUAGUUGAAUCGUCCUAUGAUGUUCGGUCCACAAGGAUUCUUCAGUCCCCAACGGGAUCAACAACACAGUCCUCUUUUUAAAUUCUUCAACCACCAAUAUGGCCGAACACAAUCUUUUGGACCUUUUGUAGUCCAGUAGACUUAGAUGUGUUUGUCUGAACAGUCCCUGUUGAUGCAUAGCAGGGUAUCUCUCUCACCCUAGCACACGGCCUCUCCGCUUCUCCCCCCCAAGGUCCUUAGUCUCUCAGGCUGUGUCCACGUCUACAGCUACUUUUGAGUUUUAAUAUAAGGUAUAUAAUUCCAGUCAUAAGAUCCUUAGCUUUUUUUAAUAUUAACAACUUUUCCCUGCUAUAGUUUGCUCAUGUGAAAUGUCCUUUUCUGUGUUUCUUAAAAGGAGCAGUGAUUACCUCUUGUUAGCUGUUAGCACAGUUUCCGUUGCUGCUGCCAGGUGCUUCCAGGUCAUUCUAUGGCACUUCCUGAGAGUCUCUCUUUGCUUAUAGCACACAACCCUUUACACCGUAUAGUCAAUGUUGCCCUUAACGUCUUAUUAAUGUUUCAUGCAAUUAAUUAAUCAGGUUGCUUAUGAUUAAUCAGUUUAUAGGGAAUAUCACCUACAAAAUGUAACCCAGACAGGAAUGGUAAAGCAUAUUUAAAAGAAAUGAUAAACUAUGGUAAAUGCAUAGUAUAACCAUGGGAAAACUGCAAUAUUACUGUGCAAAAAUACUGUGGUAAACUUUUAUCAGGUAAAAGAUUAUAUUUUUCACAAUUACUGUAUACUAGAUUACUGUAUACUAGAUCUUUGCAUAUAUGUACAUGUCAAAUGGUACACAACUGUUGUGUCAACUCAGGAGUAUAUACAGUGACAUGAUAUAUAAGUUUUUGCUCAAAGAGCCAACUUCCCAACGUUUCGGUAUAUUUAACAUACCUUUAUCAAGUGUGUUUGAAACUAUAUAUAAUGUGUAUAUGUGUGUAUAUCUCUUGUCAUACAACAGGAAAAGAACAUGGUUACUAUUUUUUUUUUUUGCUGAUUAGAAAAUCUACUGACCUGGUAAUGAAACUGAAAUAAGAACCAACCUUUUCUUUAACAACUUGAAAGACCUGUUUGAAUGCAGUGAAUGGGAGUGUUCUCUAUUGCAUGGGCAUUUUACAUACUGCAUUAACAUUUCCAUCUGUGUUCUUUGUAUAUAUAAUCAUGUACUGUAAGUAUUGGGGCAGAUGGAUAAAGAACUGGGGGAUGGGGCAUUAUUGAAUAGAUAAUCAUCUGUCUUCAGAUACAUGACAAUGAGCAGUCCAAACCAUGGAAACUGUAUUGUGCAAUAUAUAUGAACAAAUGUAAUAAGAAGUGCUGCAUCUGCUAAAUCUGUUAACUAUAUCAAAGAGAGCUACAGAACAAAAUGAGAAUCAUGCUCGUGUAUGGUACUCUAGAGCCGUGUAUUAUUGAUUGUACUGUAUGUUUACAAAUGCAUUUCUGUAUUAAUACAAAUGGGUUGUAUUGCUGAAAGUUGUGCUUUAGUAUUGUGCUACAUAUUGAGGCAACUUUCUCAUUUUUAGAAAACACAGGGGACUCAAGUCAUAAAAAAGGUCAAAUUGCUUAAAUCUAAUCUAGCCCAAAAAUGCCUUAAAAUGAAUGUUAAUAAUAAAAAUAAACUGAGUAUA